AUGCGAGAUGUGAAGUUGGAACACGAUCGGUCGUCUGUAGAUAUUAAUUAUUCCCAUCAAUCCAUCGGGAACUCUGAGCCUGAAGAGGAGUCUUUGAAUCCUCCCAUGUUGGAAAAGUGUCGAUACUGUGGCUGUACCGAUGUGAAAUCGCUGAAACAGUGUCUCUUCUGUGGAUCUGUGGCAUACUGUAGCGAUGAGCAUCAGCAAUUCGAUUGGAAGCGGCACAAACCGAUGUGCAAGCAGACGCAAGCUGAAAGCCAACGUCGCCAAGCGGCCGCAGGGCAAUCGUGUACCACCUACACUCAAACGGAGACAAGUUCGACAUCGAGCCCAGACCCGAGUCCACCACCGCUGUCUUUCCUAGCUGGAGCUGGUACGUCACCCUUCUCACAAGAAUGUGCUGACGAGGUUUUGACGUCAGUCAAAGUGACCUUGUCAACGUACAUUUCAAAGGUUCUCAAAGAAUGCCUUGGAAAGAUCAAUGUAUUCCACGGAACUCAAAGGAAACCUCGGAGUAAUAACCGCUAG